GCACGCUGGCGCUGGGUUAGUGGAGGUCGGGCUGUCCCCGGAGUGUCGCAUAUAGACGCGACUCAGCAUAUGCCUUUGCCUUGAGGUGAUGAGGAGGUUUUUGUUACUGUACGCUACACAGCGAGGACAAGCAAAGGCCAUUGCAGAAGAAAUAUGUGAACAAGCUGUGGCACGUGGAUUUUCUGCAGAUCUUCACUGUAUUAGUGAGUCAGAUAAAUAUGAUCUAAAAACAGAAACAGCUCCUCUUGUUGUUGUUGUUUCUACUACGGGCACUGGAGACCCACCUGACACAGCCCGCAAGUUUGUUAAGGAAAUACAGAACAAAAUGCUGCCUGUUGAUUCUUUUGCUCACCUGCGGUAUGGAUUACUGGGUCUUGGUGAUUCAGAAUAUACUUACUUUUGCAAUGGGGGGAAGAUAAUUGAUAAACGACUUCAGGAGCUUGGAGCCCGACAUUUCUAUGACACGGGACAUGCAGAUGACUGUGUAGGUUUAGAACUCGUGGUUGAGCCGUGGAUUUCUGGACUCUGGGCUGCCCUCACAGAGCAUUUUCAGUCAAACAGAGAACAAGAGAAGAUAAGUGGAGCUCUCUCGAUGGCAUCCCCUGCUCCUCCGAGGACAGACCUUGGGAAACCAGAGUUACUGCACCUUCAAUCACAGAUCGAGCUUCUGAGAGUAGAUGAUUCAGGAAGAAAGGAUUCUGAGGUUUUGCAACAAAAUGCAGUGAACGGUGGUCAGUCAAGUGCUUUAAUUGAAGAUUUUGAACCCUCACUUACCCACUCAGUACCCCCACUCUCACAAGCCUCCCUAAAUAUUCCUGCUGUGCCCCCAGAUUACUUACAGGUGCAUCUCCAGGAGUCUCCUGGCCAGGAGGAAAGCCUAGCUCCUGUGACAUCAGGGGAUCCAGUUUUUCAAGUUCCAAUUUCAAAGGCCAUUCAACUUACUACAAAUGAUGCCAUAAAAACUACUCUGCUGGUAGAAUUGGACAUUUCAAAAACAGAUUUUUCCUAUCAGCCUGGCGAUGCCUUCAGUGUGAUCUGCCCUAACAGCGAUUCUGAGGUACAGACCUUGCUGCACAGGCUGCAGCUCGCAGAUAGGAGAGAGUGCCGUGUGCUCCUGAAGGUGAAGGCAGACACCAAGAAGCAAGGAGCUGUCUUGCCCCGGCAUAUCCCUGAGGGAUGUUCUCUCCAAUUCAUUUUUACUUGGUGUCUUGAAAUACGAGCGAUUCCUAAAAAGGCAUUUUUGCGAGCCCUUGCAGACUACACCAGCGAUGGUGCAGAAAAGCGCAGGUUGCAGGAGCUGUGCAGCAGGCAAGGGGCCGCUGAGUACGGCCGGUUUGUGCGAGACCCCUGCGCCUGCUUGUUGGACCUCCUUCUGGCCUUCCCGUCCUGCCAGCCGCCACUCAGUCUGCUGCUUGAACAUCUUCCUAAACUCCAACCUAGACCAUAUUCAUGCGCCAGCUCAAGUUUAUAUCACCCAGGGAAGCUUCAUUUUAUUUUUAAUGUUGUGGAGUUUUUGGCUAAUACUGCAAUGGUUUUGCGGAAGGGAGUGUGCACAGGCUGGCUGGCCACCUUGGUCGACUCAUUUCUUCAGCCCAGCACAAGCGUGUCACAUGAAGACUGCGGGAAGGCCCUGGCUCCUAAGAUACCCAUCUCCCCUCGAACAACAAACUCUUUCCACUUACCAGACGACCCUUCAGCUCCCAUCGUCAUGGUGGGCCCGGGGACGGGCAUUGCACCCUUUCUUGGUUUCCUACAGCAUAGAGAGAAACUCCAAGAACAACACCCAGAUGGGAAUUUUGGAGCAAUGUGGUUGUUUUUUGGCUGCAGACACCAGGAUAGAGAUUAUCUCUUCAGAGAAGAGCUCAGACAUUUCCUUAACCUUGGGAUUUUGACACACCUGAAGGUUUCCUUCUCGAGAGAUGCUCAUGUGGGGGAGGAGGAAGCCCCAGCAAAGUAUGUGCAAGACAACCUCCAACUCCAUGGCAAACAGGUGGCAAGACUCCUUCUUCAUGAGAGUGGUUAUAUCUACGUGUGUGGAGAUGCUAAGAAUAUGGCCAAGGAUGUAAAUGAUGCCCUUGUGGAAAUAAUAAGCAGAGAGGUUGGAGUUGAAAAACUAGAAGCAAUGAAAACAUUGGCUACUUUAAAAGAAGAAAAACGGUAUCUUCAGGAUAUUUGGUCAUAAACUGGAAAUUAAAGGAAGACAUUUAAGCUUAAGCUUUCUUGCCUGAAAAUACUGUAAGACAAUUUUACUGAAGCUGAAACUUUACAUUUUUCUUGGAGGAGGUGCGAUGUUGUUGCCCAUCAGCCCUCUGCUCCCUGCCUGUGCCUGUGAGCCUGCCCAGACGGCCCCGCUGCUUGGAGGCUUCCCAUGGCCUCUGUUACUUCCCAGAGAACUUCACAGAACCCGUAACCAGUUCCCAGGCGCUCUCCCUCUACACACUAAGGCUUCCUGAUACAGGGCAGGGAAACUAAAAUUGGUGGGGUAGAUUAACUCUUACAAAAUUCUGCUGGCAGUUUUUGAAAAAUAAUUUAUCAUUUUAUAUGAAUAUACCCACAAAGAAUAUUCUUAAAUUACACAUGUAAAGUAUAUCUGUUACAUGUCUGUAUAGUUACCAAAUGUUUAUUUAUUGCCAAAACUGUAUUUCUGAUAAAAAAUAUUUUAAAGUAAUACUCUACAAAGGGAUUUGUUUUUAUGAUGCUGGAAAUGAGAAAUAUGUUUUGAA